CGUUUUUCUUGUUUCUCGGAGAAUGUUGUAGCUAUUGUGUGCAGAGAGAAAGCGAGAGGGAGGGGAAACAGUUUCACACCAUGCACCCUACUUCCUUCAGCUUGAGUUUUCUUGUCAUUUAAGUUUUUCUCCAUUCCCCCCCUCUAAUGCACGAUGACGGUGAAAUAUAGACCUGUGAACUCAGUAAUAAUGGUGAGGGAGGUGACCUUGGUUCUUGCACUGCUGUUUAUCUGUACAGGUGCCCACCCCUCUGCCGCCCCAUGCCCAACGCAGCAAGCAUGCCCCAACAUCACUACCUGUGCACCGUACGUUCCUGUCACCUCCCCCCUGGCCACUUUGCCUGCCCCUCCUGCACCCCCGGUUUUGGGGCUCCUGAAGGUGAAAGGUGACAGCAGCACUUGCAGGGGCAUGGUUUACCUGGGGCUGAAUGGCUCAUAUGGCCUUCCACUCUGCAGUGACAGUGCCCAGAGAGUCCCCAGGGGGACCUUGUGCAGGCAGCUCGGGUGUGGAGGGUACCAUCAGCAAAGCGAGACCCAGAGACACAUUGAGGGGUACUACAUCCAUGGUAAUGGUAGUCUGGAAACCAGCACCUGCAGAGCACUAGAGAUUCAUUGCAAAGCUCCUGGUGACAGCAGGGAGCUGAAGGUGUAUAAGGUGGUGACUUGGUUGCUACUGGGACUUUUCCUCUUCUUUCUCCUGGUCAGGAUUGCUCCUCAUAUGUAUAGCUUCAUCUGCAAGAGAUAUCGGAGUUCCACAUGGAUUGGACCCGCACAGAGCCAGAGUGUGUCAUUUUACAGGGUACAGGCAGGGGUCCCCCCAAACAACAGCACAUCUAAGAGAACGUCCUACCCUGCACUGGAGCGAUUAGCUGUAAAUGCCAGUCAGGAAACAUCUUCAAACCGGCACAGUGACUGUGAUUCAUAUAACUGAAUUUUCUAUAUUGUGCUUUGUAUUUGUCAUCAUAAUGAUCAAUAACAUUGUUAUCACUUCAUUUUUGCUUUAAAUUGUAAAUGUUGAGACUGUAAUAAAGACAAAAAAAACCCAGUAACAA